UGUGCCAACACCAGUCCUGCCCAGACCCCCGCCCUGCUGCCAAGGUGUGUCAUCACCCAGCCUGUCAGGAGCUGAGGGGGGGCGGACCCCUCCACCUGUGUGAGUCAUGUGACUCUCGCUGUCACCCCAUCGCCCCCGGCAACAUGCUCUUUGACAGACACCCACGUUUCGACCUGCAGCCACAAGGUUCCAUCCUGGCGAGGAACGUGUCCACGCGCUCCUGCCCCCCCCGCACCGGCACCGGCCCCCCCUCGGACAUGGAGGAGGCGGACGACUGGGGGAGUGACAUGGGGGAUCGUAAGAGUGGAGGAAUGAAGUUGGUGAAGAAGAAGCCGAGGCGUCGACACACAGACGACCCCAGUAAAGAAUGCUUCACACUGAAGUUUGACCUGAGUGUGGACGUUGACAUGGAGAUCGUUCCAGCUGUUAAGAAGAAACCACUGAGGGAGGUGUUGGCGCCUGUGUUUGAGCAGAAGGGUAUUGAGCUGUCGCGAGUGGAGCUGUUCCUGGAUCAGUCCAACACGCCGCUCUCCCUCGCCUUUGAGGCCUACCGCUUCGGAGGCCACGAGCUGAGGGUCAAAGCGCGGCCAGGAGAGGAGCAGAAGCUGGAGAGGACCAUGCGUGACCCGCGCUCCCUCUCGCUGCCCAUCCUGAGAGGCUCCGCCCCCCCCACACACACCCCCGACCGACCAGAACACCGCUCACUGGGACGCAGAGACACCACGGACCUGCUGGGCCAGACGCGGCGGCGUAAGAACAUGACGGAGUUCCUGGGCGACGCCUCCAUCCCUCCGGCCACGCCCCCUCUGAGCGCCUCGCUGCCCGCGGCGGGAACUGACCGCUGGAAGAACCGCGCCGCCAACCGCUUCAGUGUGUUCUUCUCCUCCGCCGCCGCCAACGGAGCCCUCGGGAAGGAGAUGGACCGUGUUGAGCAGCUGCAGGAUAAGCUGCAGUCCUACACUAAGUUCGGAUUACCCAAGAUGCCCCAGCAGCUCUCCUUCCACCGCGACGCCUGGGAGGAAGAGGUCAACCUGGACAUGGAGGAGUCCUGGACACAGCUACUGGACAACCCAGAGGCCCUGAGCAGGCGGCAGGUGCACCAGCAGGAGGCUAUCUGGGAACUGCUACAGACUGAGGCAGCGUACAUCAAGAAGCUCAACGUCAUCAUCGAUCUCUUCCUCAGUGGUCUGCUGAACCUGCAGGAGAGUGGUCAGCUGGUGGAGGUGGAGCCGGCGCGUCUCUUCAGUAACGUCCAGGAGCUGCUGCGGCUACACACACACUUCUGGACCGACGUGCUGCGGCCCCCUCUGGACACCGCGCGCCGCACACACACUCCGCUCGACCCCACACACCUGUACCAGGGCUUUAUAGAGUUUGGUUUCAGAUUUAAGCCCUAUGUCCGUUACUGCAUGGAUGAGGAGGCAUGUAUGGAGUACAUGCGCAGCCUACUGAAGGACAACGAGCUCUUCAGGAUCUACGUUACUUGGGCGGAGACCCAUAAGCAGUGUAGUCGUCUGAAGCUGACUGAUAUGCUGGUCAAGCCUCACCAGCGCCUGACCAAGUACCCGCUGCUGCUCAAGAGCGUCCUCAAGAAGACCGACGACCCGGCCGCACGCGACGCACUCAGCAGGAUGGUGCUGUGUGUGGAGCGCUUCAUCAACAGUGUGGACGGUCAGAUGCGGCAGCGUGAGGAGAGGCAGCGGCUGGAGGCCAUCAGUGGACGCAUCGAGGCCUACGACGCCGUGGAGACCGGCUCUGAGGAGGUGGACAAGAUUCUCAGGGAGUUCCACCAGUUUGACCUGAUGGCUCCGGUGAUCGGGGCUCCGUGUGACGAGACCAGACAGCUCCACCUGGAGGGGGCGCUACGCAUGAAGGAGGGCAAAGACAGCAGGGUGGAGGUGUACUGCUUCCUGUUUACGGACCUGCUGCUGAUCACGAAGGCGGUGAAGCGGGUGGAGCGCGUGCGUGUGAUUCGCCCGCCGCUGCUGCUGCACCAGGUGGUGUGUCGCGAGCUGAAGGACGCCGGAACCUUCCUCCUCCUCUACCUCAACCAGCUGCAGCACGCCGUCGCAGCGUACAGCUUCCAGGCCAACAGCGCCACCCAGGGGAGAGGAUGGGUAGAGGCCAUCACCAACGUACAGAAUCAGCUGCAGCGUCUGCGCUCUGAGGAGUGUGAGCGGGGGGGCCGCAGGAGAGAGGAAGAGGAGGAGGAGGAAGAGGAGGGAACAGAGAGCAGCAUGAGCACCUCCAGCUCCCCAUCACUACAGCACAAGGACACACUCAGCCAAUCAGACGGCUCGACCGAAACCCUGGCCGUGGUUGCCAUGGACGAGGCAGAUGAUGUGGUCGUGGCCUCCUCGUUGCUCUCGGAGACGGAGCCUGAGAAGGCGCGGCUGCACUCUGAUUCGUCGAACCCCAGGGGGGCGGGGUCCGCAGUAGUGGGCGUGGCCCAGGAGGAAGAGGAGGACCCAGAGAGCCGCUCGCUAUCAAUGGACUCCGCCUACGGAACCCUGUCCCCCCAAUCCCUGACCACGCUAGAGCUCAGGGCGGGGCUGGGGGCGGGGCUAGGGGCGGGGCAUGUCGAGGGGGAGGGGCAUAGCGAGGGGGAGGACACAGAGGCGGAGUAUGAUGAGGAGGAGGAGGUGUUUGAGGAGGAAGAGGAGGAGGAGGUGGAUGACGAAGACGGCACGGCCUGGAACGGCUCCCAGGUGACGGUGAACGAGACGGCGUUCCUGGAGGACGCUGAGGCGGGAGAGCGCCCCCCUGUGGCCGACCACAUCCUGGCGGCGGGAACGGCCCUGUCGCUACGGCGAUGGUCCCCCGUGCAACAGGCCUCACGCCCUGCCCACCGCUCGCGCUCGGAGGACGACCUCCUGCAGCGAUCGGACCGUAACCACGGAAACCUCCGCACUAGCCCCUCCCACUUCCGUAGGCCCGCCUCCCAGAGCGCGGAGCUCCUCCUCCUCCCGGGGGAGGAGUCGGGGCUGAGGGGCGUGUCCGAUGCGUUGGCCGGCCCCCUACUGCGUGCUCAGGUGCGCCAGGUGUCGCGUACGCUCAGCUGCCCCAGCGGCCCGCAGCAGGAGGAGCAGGAGGAGCAGGAGGAGCAGGAGGAGCAGAGCACAGCGCCACCCGCAGCACGGGAGGGGAAGUGCGGCCUCACGCCGGCCCAGCAGCAGAAGAAGAAGCUGACGCGCACGCAGCUACAGCGACUACGUACCAGCAUGGUCCUAAACUCCACCCUCACCGCCUCGGAGGUGUAGAACUCUCCGGGCCCUGGACGAGGGACCUCCAUGAGCUGGUCUUCUGGCGGAACUCUCGACAGACGCUCCGGUUCUGCUUCACUACAGCACCAUGGCAACAGCAGGGUGGAUGACCACAUGAAGGACAAGACGUUAACUCCAGAAGACGAUGUCACACAUAUCAGCCCGCACACACACACACACACACACACACACACACACACACACACACACACACACACACACACACACACACACACAUCAGCCUGUGUGGAUCUGAGAGAAAGACUAGCACACACAACUCACCAGGACUAGAACGUUAUGCCCCCAAACUCACCAGGACUAGAACAUCAUUAGAACUAGAACCUCGCCCGUGUUUUGCAUUCCACUCCAGACUCCAGCAGUGAUAGAACACGACCAGUAGCGUUUGGAGAACCCUGCCCUGAGGGAACCCCCGAUAGGCCACAGUGUUGUGUACAACACAGCUUCACCAUCAGGGGAAAAGUGGGAAUAGCGCUGUCUCCGACUUCACCAUUAGGAACAGGAAGUGGGAAUAGGAACAGGAAGUGGGAAUAGUGUCAUGUUCAACUCAUCCCAACAGUACUACAUGUAACACUAAAGAUGUAGCACUGUAAACCCAAACUCCUACAUCACUGCACACCCAAACACACCUAAACUCCUACAUCACUACAGACCCAAACUCCUACAUCACUACACUCCCAAACUCCUACAUCACUACACACCCAAACUCCUACAUCACUACACACCCAAACUCCUACAUCACUACACACCUAAACUCCUACAUCACUACACACCCAAACUCCUACAUCACUACACACCCAAACUCCUACAUCACUCACUACACACCUAAACUCCUACAUCACUACACACCUAAACUCCUACAUCACUACACACCCAAACUCCUACAUCACUACACACCCAAACUCCUACAUCACUACACACCCAAACUCCUACAGUUUGGUAACUCCUAGUAGUGUAACCAAGGUGACGGGCUGUCAGACUCCACCUGAUGUCGUGCCUGGUGGUCAGAGUGAGUGAACACAGGGAGGCGACUCUGAAGCUUAAGGGGGCAGCAGGGGAUUGUGGGAAGACUGCAGAGGAUUGUGGGAAGGCUGGAGGUCACCAGUAAGGUUCUGUAGCAGGUGUUCUCCUCAGGAGGCUGUUCAGGUUCUGUUUCAGGAGGCUUGCUUGCAGGAACGCUGCGUCACCAGGCUCGUUCAUAGUCAUAGUGGCCUUCUUUUGUAGAAAGGGAAUCCUCCUCUGAAGCCCUUCAGCAAAUGGUUUCCUAAAGGGCUAUAUGCAAAAGCACCUCCCAUCACAGGGUUCUGUCUGAAGUCUAGGGUUCACUGAAGAGUGUGUAAAACUUGUGGAUUGCAGAGAGCCAUUGUGCUCCGGUGCUGUGAGGUUUGUUUGUUGAUGUUGUGAUCUGCUGCCACCUGCUGGCCAACUGAUGAAGUGUCUGAUUUUAUUUUAAAAGCGUUUCCUUGUGCUUGAACUAAACCCUGACUGACCACGUGGACCUCCACUUGCAGAAACUAAUGUCCAGGGACGUUUAGAUCUCCCGAUGAGAGUCACGACUAGUCACAGGUCUUGUGUACCUGUCAUGUCUUAUUUAAUAUUCUGCUCAGUGCAUGCAGGCUUAAACAGAUGUGGGGUUAGAUAAGCCAGAGCUUCAGUAGCUAACAGUCUUGGACCACUUAAUAUACCAAAGUCACAGCUAUCAAAAGUCUUGCAUGCAUUUGCGCUUUGUUGAAUUGUACUGUAAAUAUAAUAUUUAUUAAGCUAGCUUUGUUUUAUAUAUUUUAUAAUGUUAGACUUUUAACGGUAAUGUUGGACUUGCUGUUUGUGUCUUAGUGGGAUUGAAACUCAGCCCACUCGGCUUCAGCACUAAAAGGGCUUCAACUUGAUUCUGUCAAUCAUGCACACGAUCAUCCUGACUGGACAGCAGAUCUGUCCGUUAUCCACAUAAGCUCUUCUGAUUGGAGAGUCAGAGAUAAACUCAGAUUUGUUUGUUGUUCACCAAACACACUCAAUAAAAAUACAUA